CUGAAGCAAGCCGCUGUGGACAGUUCAAGCUCGUCGUCAAGCGACGACGGGCAGCGACGCAGCAAGAAGAAGGCCGUCAAACGAAUCACUCCGAAUGUACGACGUGCCCCGAUACACGUGCAAACGGUGGCUGAGGGAAGAUCAAGGCGUUCCGUAAAAAAGGUCGACUACAAGUUCUCCGAGUUUGACUCGGUAAUCAAGGAGGCAUGUAGAAUGAAUGAAUCACCUCCUCCUCCUGAUACAAUGAAUGAGGUUGCCCGUCCUCAGGGUGGCGCCGGUCGAGGGAAGGAUAUGGCGAAUAUUAUUGAAGCCCAGAAGCAACGAGAAGAUGGUACUCCAAGGGUUUCUGCUGGUGCUCCACCUCGUCAAUUGCCGAAGCACCGCCGUCGGUUGAAUGACUUGAAUGUCAACGAUGAAUCAGAUUCGGACACCGAUGAGUACAAGGCGAACGAGUCUGAAGAGGAAGCCGCAGAAGAAGACGCCCAGUCUUCUUCGGAUUACGUACCGUCGGAAAGUGAACUCCGUAAGGAAAGAUCCGGCGGUGGAGGUCGUAUCUCUCUUAAACCAACACAGAGUGAUGAGGAUUUCGUUGUUUCCGGAUCGGACGAUAGUUACGUGGGACCUCGCCGUAAGAAGCGCAAAGCCAAGGAAAAGAAGCGCAAGCGAGGACGCUGGCAGUCAGACAGCGAGUCGGAAGAGGAAGACGAAGAAGAAGAUGAAACGUAUUCGGAUGACUCUGCAGUGAGGAAAAAGAAGGGUAAGAAACGAACUGAACCGUCAAGUGAAGAGUCGAAUGACGAGGUUGAUGAUGAACUUGAAAUGGAAGAAGGGGAUGAAGAUAGUGAUGCACCUCGUACCCGUACUGGACGGCCUCUUCGCAAAGCUGUCGUCAAGUCGAAAAAGGCAUUGCUGGAGGACAGCGAAGACGAGUGUGAAAGCAAUGAAAAUGAUGAGAUCGAAAAUGGAGAUGCGGUACAAGACAAAAAAUCGCCACAACCGAAUAAGGCUAAAAAACGAAAAGCUGUUUCUGAUUCUGAAUCUGAUGUUUUUGAACCUGACGAGGAUGCCGAGAAUGACGACGAAGAUGAUGAAGAGAUAGAGGAAGACGAAGAAACAUCUCGUGAAGCGGCUGCAACAGCGAAGCCGAAAGAGCCUGUCGAAAAAGAGGACAACAAGGAAGAUUUGGAAGACAGCGACAAUGAUCUCGAUCUGAAGCCCAAGCCGAAAAAGCCAAAGAUGGAAGCUAAAUCGGAUGACAUCCCAAUCGUCACGCCACAUGAGAAUAAUGUUGCACCUACUACGGUGGAAUCCAAACCAACACCGAUUGCUCCUGCUUCUACUACUGCUCCAGCGCCUACUCCUAAAACGGCUGCUGAAUCGGCCGAAGUGAAACCAAUUGUUACUGAAGCUGUUCCUCAUUCGACAUCACCAAAAGUGACGCCUGCUCCAGCAACUCCGGUUGCAGCUUCUGAGGAAAAGCCUCAAGUGGCUGCUGAUGUUAAGACUCCGCCGCCAAAUCCUUACGUGGCUGCAACAGUUACAACUGCAGUGAAACCGCCAGUGACCGAGGCAUCCCCAUCGGCACCGACGUCCGCCCGCCAUCAAGUCACCCCUUCUGCGGUGUCUACCCCUCCUUACACAGCUGGAGAAAGGAAUUCUAACGUUGGUUUGGCUCCGCUCGUACCGAAUCCAUACGCAAAUACUCCUUCAUUAUCUCAAAUGCCUUACUGCGCGGGUCCACAAGCUGCUAUGCCGUAUCCUGUAGCCAAUCCAUAUAUGCCAUAUCCACCAAACGCGCCUCCUUUCCAACCAGGACCACCUCCUGUGGGUCACGCUCAUAUAGGAUACAUACCAGGAGUUGUGCCGAAUCCAUACGGACAGCAGCCGAGCAUGCCGCCUCCGAAGAGUGGUACCCGUGACCUCCGUACCUUAUAA